GCUGUGACGAACCUACGCACUGACUUGCACUUUCACUUUACAGAGCUAAAGCUCCUGCCAGCUGACUGCACGGUUCUUCUCAGUAAAAUGUUAAGACGGGCCUGGGCACUGUCGCUACAUAUUAACAGUCGAGCCGCAACACAAAGCUUCAGCAAGAUAUUCUCGAGACUGGAGAAGAUUCCAGUCGCAGAGCGCAACAGAAGCGUCGGAGGCUCUCCUCUCCCAUCUAGAAAAACGUGCCCCUCCCCGGGGAACAUAAGGACUCCCCAGCACUGCUCCAGGACCACUUGUAUAGCCGGUCUCUGCAUGGCAUCAGGGGGUGAUGCGCAGAACAGCCGACCUGGACAUUCAGGAAGAUACAUAAAUCGCCUGAGCAAAGAGAGAUCACCAUAUCUGCUGCAACAUGCACAUAACCCAGUGGACUGGUUUCCAUGGGGACAGGAAGCAUUGGACAAGGCAAAGAAGGAAGAUAAGCCUAUAUUCCUGUCAGUGGGGUACUCUACCUGUCACUGGUGUCAUGUGAUGGAGAGAGAGUCUUUUGAGGAUGUGGAAAUUGGCAAGAUCCUCAGCGACAACUUUGUUUGCAUCAAAGUAGAUCGGGAGGAACGGCCAGAUGUGGAUAAACUUUAUAUGACUUUUGUCCAGGCUACCUGUGGGGGGGGAGGAUGGCCAAUGAGCGUAUGGCUAACCCCUGACCUUCGACCUUUUUUUGGUGGCACAUACUUCCCACCUGGCGAUAGUGGACGCAGACCUGGUUUUAAAACUGUAUUGUUGCGCAUUAUAGAGCAGUGGCAGAGCAACAGGGAGGCUCUUGAGUCCAGUGGGAAGCGAGUGAUUGAGGCCCUCAAAAAGGCCACUGCUAUCGGCGCCCUACCGGGGCAAACCCCUCCACAUGCCCCCAAAGUGGCCCAGCGAUGCUUCCACCAGCUGGCACAGUCUUAUGAAGAAGAGUAUGGGGGAUUUAGGGAAUCACCCAAGUUCCCUACACCAGUCAACCUGAUGUUCCUCAUGUCGUUCUGGGCGACGAACCGGUCCACAUCAGAGGGGGCGGAGGCACUGCAGAUGGCUCUCCACACAAUGCGGAUGAUGGCCCUAGGUGGCAUUCGUGACCAUGUGGCGCAGGGUUUCCACCGCUACUCCACGGACUCCUCCUGGCACGUUCCUCACUUCGAGAAGAUGCUGUACGACCAAGCACAGCUGGCGGUGGCCUACAUCACCGCCUAUCAGGUGUCCGGGGAGCAGCUCUUUGCAGAUGUGGCUCGGGAUGUGUUGCGCUACGUCUCCAGAGAUCUGAGUGACAAGUCCGGAGGUUUCUAUAGCGCAGAGGAUGCAGACUCUUUCCCCACGCCUGAGGCUGCUGAGAAGAGGGAGGGGGCCUUCUGUGUGUGGACAGCUGGGGAGAUCAGGGAGCUGCUCCCGGAACCUGUAGAGGGCGCCACUGGGGGAGCCACUCGGGCUGACAUCUUCAUGCACCACUACGGUGUCAAGGAGCAGGGCAACGUGGACCCUACCCAGGACCCUCAUGGCGAGCUGUCGGGGCAGAACGUGCUUAUCGUGCGCUAUUCUCUGGAACUGACGGCUGCCCGCUUUGGCCUGAGUAUGGAGGAGAUAGAUCAGGUGUUGGCGGAGGGUAGGAGGAGGCUUGCAGAGGUGCGGAAGACCCGGCCUCCGCCUCACCUGGACACUAAGAUGCUUUCCUCCUGGAACGGGCUGAUGCUGUCAGGGUUUGCGCGCGUCGGCGCUGCCCUGGGGGACAAGGCGUUGGUGGAACGGGCGGUACGCGCUGCCCAAUUCUUAAGGGACCACCUGUGGGAUGAGGUCGAAGGCCGGAUCCUACAUGCGUGCUACCGCGGCAACGAAAUGGAAGUGGAGCAAAUUGAAUCCCCUAUUGCAGGCUUCCUUGAUGACUAUGCCUUUGUGAUCUGUGGCUUACUGGACCUGCACGAGGCCACGCUGAACACGUUCUGGCUUGGCUGGGCUGAGGAGUUACAGCAAAGGCAGGACCAGCUCUUCUGGGACAGCCAAGGCAGCGGUUACUUCUGCAGUGACCCUAGAGACGCUACAUUGUUGCUGGCACUCAAGCAAGACCAGGACGGUGCAGAGCCCAGUGCCAACUCUGUCUCUGCGAUGAACCUGCUCCGUCUGUCCCUCUAUACGGGCAGGCAGGAAUGGGCCUCUCGCUCGGAGCAGCUGCUGACUGCGUUUUCGGAUCUCCUGGUCAGGAUGCCCAUCUCCUUGCCGGACAUGGUCCGCGGCCUCAUGGCGCAGCACUACACUCUCAAGCAGGUUGUUAUCUGUGGCCAGCUCGACUCUGAGGACACCGCAUCCCUGGUUUCCUGUGUCAGUGCUCUGUUCCUGCCCCAUAAAUUUUGCAGAGACGUAACACAUUCAAGCAGCACCUCUCCAGACUGUCAUGAAGGCUUUGUCAAGUGGAGAUGUUUGUUUGAUGGAGAACCUACUUUUGGAAUUAGCAGGUGGCUGGACAGGCUCUGUGAAAUACAGCAGAGUCCCUCAUUUCUGAGAAACGUCCUUCUAAUUUAAUGAUUAAAAUGUGAUGCCGUGUUACAUUAUAUGGUCCUUGAGAUCUGGUUAUUUUUGAUAAAUUCCCAUUAUCGGGCUAUAAGAGGCAGUUAGUAAUUAUGUGUUCAGAAAUAUGCUUCUUUUGUUCUGUGUUUUGUGAUGCUUGUGAAUUUGAAGGAAGAAAAAAUAGUUGCAAGCUCCCAUAAUUCAAAAGCUUUAAAUAAACCAAAUUCCUAAUAUCACAUCAUAUGACCCACACAAUGAUUUCAUCAUAACAGUGUCACAGGGAGUCACUUUGGAUGACUGUAUAGUCAAUGUCUCUGUUUACUGUCGGGGUGUAAUAUUUUUAUGUUAUAUGCCCAGACUGGCUGUCCGUCAUGGUGAGCAGAUGUGUUCACACACUGCCGCCGUUCAGCUUGAGUUUGUAUGAUUAAGAAGGCAGAUAUUUCGGUAAACAAAGCUACAUCUCAAACAGAAACACUUCACCUCACCUGUUUAUAGUGCUUGCUUUCAGCGUGUUUCCGUGCCACUCUACCCCAUCGCCUGGGAUUAGCUAUUUUUCUUUCGAAAUGAAAGGUCUAAUUGUCCUUUGAGCAAAUGAACAUACUUUGAUUUAAAAACUUGCAUACAUUUUAAUGAAUAUGUAACAUCAUUCUAGGAAACAAUUUAAGAACUCGUAAUUAUUUGCCUUAGUUUUUGAUAAGUGAUCCGAUGGGAUUUUUAGCUAAGGUUCAUGUUGAGGUCUGGUAAUUCGGGAGUUGUGCUUGCUUAAGAUUCGGAUACUUCUUAUCCCUAUGAAGCAAAAGUGUUUGAAUAACAACUGAGCUUCAGAUUUCAGUUGAUUUUUUUUUCUUGGCGUUUGCAACCUGCAGUUUCACACAAGGAGAAACCAAGUAGCUUUGAACACAUUAUCCUUUUGAAUGUUUUCUUUCUUGGGUAUUUAUUGAGUGGUAUUGUUGAACAUGCUUUUUCAUUUUAUUUUUUGGAUCCGCUAAAGGUCAGCGAAUGGUUUAUUAUUCUUUGUGGGGGGUAUGAAACUACAGCAAAGAAAAACGAAUGAGAAGAAAAUGAGCCACCCACUGAGUUUUAAAGUCUGCUGUGAAAGAACACUUUUGGCUUCUGAAUUAGCUUUUUAGUGAGAACUGUAUCUUGGAGAAAAAUAUUUUAUGUGAAAAUAAGUAAAAUUAUAUAACUGCAGUGGCGGUUGUCAUUGUUAACGUGCCUGCUGUUUUAAUAAUAAGUUACAUGUAAAUGUGCUGUGAAAAAAAUGCAAAUGUGGAUUUGAAAUUUUUAGGCAGUUGGGGGGUCAGCUGUAUCGCCAAGUGUCAGUCUGUCUGUUCUGAUUGCUGAUUAAAAGCGACUGACAGUGUCCGGACUCUUUCCGUCAGAAACGGCAUAUUCAAAAAUCAAAGUCAACAGACAAAGAUCUGCGCAUUUGAAAUGAUGCUAAUUAGUGUACUAAUUACUCUACAUACCAUGGUGAUGUUUCGGCACAGCUCUCUCAUGUACUCUUUCAGAUCUUAGCUUAUUAGCUUUGACUGAAUCUUGUCGCUCUGCCCCCCCCCCCGUGAUGUUUGAUUGCGCACGAUCUUGAUCGCACGUCUCCCUGGAAAAUCGCGAUAAAGUUAUGUGGUGUCAUCUCUUUGUCAGUAUUCCUUAAAUCAUCCGCUGUCAUUGUUAAAAGGCCGCGCUGCCUCCGUUCAUUACUUUCAUUAAUCUCCAAAAAGUUGCUUCCUCUGUAUUUCGUCACCGAUGUAUUUACAGGGUACCAUCUGUUUAUGGUGCCACUGACAGUUGUGUAUAAUUAUGACCGCGCCGCACACGCUAAGGUGUGGGACAGAAUAAGCGGCUUUUAAAAGAUGCCUCAGCAAAGUGAAGAAUCUGCCGGGAAAUAUCGACUGUUCGGUGUGAGAAAGAAGGUUUUACUGCUUUUGCAUCAUUUCUUUGUAGGUUAAUUUGAAAUCUCCUAGAGUCUUGUUAUUUCAAAAUGUAAAUGAUAUUCCAAGUAAGAGUCUUCAGCAGGGUAAGGCAAUGUGUAAUCCCUACCCAGUCCUGACGAGAAGAUGUGGUAAAACUGCUUCAGGCCCAGAAGGCAUGACUAAUCGCAUCAUGAUGACCUUGCAAUGUGGUGUUUAGCCGUUUCCACGUGUGCAGGCCUUCGGCUUAUUAGGCCUGGAUGUGGAAGCUGAAUGUUUGGGCUGGACAACUAAAGCUGGGGAUUUUUUUUCCCCUCCGGUACAUUCUGCCAGACGAAUGAAGAGGAGGCGCAUCAUGGAUUCCUAUUAGAAUUUAAUGGGCGCGUCCAUAAUAGCAGAGCAGGGAGGGAGAUAAACGUAUAAUGAUCUGUUGCUUAUCUAUGUGUGUACUGUGGGCAUCUAGUCAAACCCCGUUUUUUCCUCCCUGCCUGUGUGUUUGUACAGUCAUAUUUGCUAGUCUUGCCUUUAGUUACGUCUCUCAGGUGCAGUUUCAGCUCUGGUUAGAUAAGGAUUUAGCUUUUUUUUCCCCAUCUAUCCAUUACAUUUCACAGCUUAACAUUCCUAUGUUUAAGGAACAAGUGGAAAUACUGCACACUCAUCAGUAGGAGAGGUAGCCCCACACAUGGAUUCAGCAACGAACUCAAUCUGAAUGUGUCGUGAUUACUUCUUGUGCAUAAGCAGCCUUGGUGGGGUUGAGGGCUGAGUGCCAAGAGCAGGACAGCAAGAAAGCCUCUGGAAACUUCUACCCACAGAUAGAGGCGACAGCCCAAGAAGGAAACUAUGAGAAGCCUAUGGCACGGGGAACCAUUCGUGCAGCAGUUUGGGGGAUUACUUCCCGUCUCCCUGUAUUGUGUGUACAGACCUGUCUCAGGGAGACACUUAAGAAUGCAGUCAAGCUUCUCGAUCCUAGAAGCACUAUUUUCACUCCUAUUAGUCAGACUUUGCUUUGAGAUCUGAGCUGUGUCAUGCCACCAGCUCUGACAGGUUUGAAUUCCCCAGGCGAGUUGAUCUAAAUCCAAGGAAUGCCCGAUUAAUCAGCUUCCCCUUAUUAUCCCAAAAGUGGAAGCUGCUCCCAUUGCCCAAUUUUUAAGUGACCCCAUAAAGCGGAUCGGGUGUUGACGUGACAUCCUUCUGGCUGUCAGUGGGAGAAGCGGCUGUGAUCCGCAAAGAGCCGCUGCUGAUUUCAGGGUCUGCCUGUCUGUUAGCAUUUAGUGCCGAGGGAGAAGUCUGCUCUAUUUCUCAAGCCCUCUUCUGGCCAAGAGACUUGCUUUGUCUGCGCUGAUUUCUUUAUUUGUGCAUGUUACGUCUUAUUAUGUUGACUGUCAUGAGGUGCCAGUUAAGCCGAUGACAGGCCCUGUGAUUUCUGCCGUGUCUCACUGCAGGCGGCUCCCAGGGAUAACAGGAAAUUAAUGGGGCAGAAUUCUCCACAAGCGGAGAACCCCAAUAAGGAGAAUCUUGUUAUACUGAAGACACGCUUCAGAGAUCCUUCCUUUGUGAUUUGCUGUCCCAUGUCGAGCAUGUUUCUAGCAGAGAUUCCCACCCUUCUGACACUACUUUUCAGAUCUCCAUUCUCCAGCGUGACAGCUCCCCACUGUGUGAAUUACCCCAUCCUCCACCCCAGUUAACUAAGGAGGGGCUCCUAGACAGUAUUGAAUACAGCUGGUUAUCAAUCCCAGUGCCUUCUCUCCCUAGAGCUGCUUUCCUGUAGAUGCAGAUUAAAUCGCUUGUGGCUGUAGCGUGGGGAGGAGAUUGCCCUGUGAAAUUCUCCUUCUCUUUAGUAAAGAGAACCAGCAAAGGCUGGCCCUGGAUUUCCCCUCCAAGCUACAUGAGCUAGAUACAUCGCAGAUCCCAUUGACUGCUGCUGAUUACUGGUUCUGUUUGAGUAGAUUAGGGAUGCUCUCUGCCCAUCCAUCCAUCCAUUCAUUUUCCAAACCGCGUAUCCUACUGGGUCGCGGGGGGUCCGGAGCCUAUCCCGGAAACAAUGGGCACGAGGCAGGGAACAACCCAGGAUGGGGGGCCAGCCCAUCGCAGGGCACACUCACACACCAGUCACUCACACAUGCACACCAACUGGCAAUUUAGCAAGUCCAAUUAGCCUCAGCAAGUCUUUGGACUGUGGGGGGAAACCGGAGAACCCGGAGGAAACCCCACGACGACAUGGAGAGAACAUGCAAACUCCGCACACAUGCAAACCCAGGUCCCAGAGGUGUGAGGCAACAGUGCUAACCACUGCACUACUAUGCCGCCCCGCUCUCUACCCAGUAUGCAAAAAAUAUAAGAAGAAAGUGCUAGUGCAUUACCUCACAGCUUUCCUUAAUAUCCCUGUGAAAAACCUUAAUCUUCUGGCCAGUGAUCAGAUCCAUAGGAUAUGGGGGCUGGAGGAAAGGGCAAAUUUAUCAGAAUCCUCGUGAUGUUAAUAGGUCUCCCAAGCAACAUGCAAAAUAUACAUUCUCUUCACUGAGAUAAGCAACAUUUUAAACACACAACAGUCAGGCUGUUAAAAAUGCUUUUCACUCCAAUACACAAUGUACACUUUACUUUGUCGAGACAGUUGCAGGUGAGUGCAGGGGCUUUUCCCCAAUCCAAGACCUCUCCAUGUUACAUUUGUGUUGUGCGUCGCCACCAUUGGAGAUGUAGUAUGUUUAAGUAUUUGCAUUUUAUGAAAGAGCUACAAUGUAUAAAAGGCACUGUAAUUAUAUAUUGCCACCCACACUUCUCUCAAAAUGAUGUUUUGAUAUGUUGUACUAACAAGAGAGAACUGACCUUAUAGGAGCAUUAUAGCAUAGUGUUUUUUUUGAACGAUAUAGUGGUUAUUGCAUGUAGUUGGCUAGUUUAUAAAUUUAGCUAAACUACAGUCUCUGUAAGCCUGGGUGUCUGAUCUCUUCCACGUGUGCUUGUUAUCCCCUGUUUCUCCUGCUCUCAACGUUCUGCCUCUGAAUAUCUGUCAGGGCUUGUUUUCAGAUUUCUCCUGUACCUUCUCCCCUCACCCGUGUUUUAU